UUUUAUGGUAUUUGAAAGUCUAUAAGUCUUUAGGCUUUCUCUCGGCUUUACCUCUAUCUUUACCUUAACUAAAAGGUAUCUGUAUCUAGAGGUCACCUCAUCUCAGUCAUACGACAGAAAUCAAGGCGUAUUAUUGUCAAGGAAAACGAAACCGGUAUAUAGAGAAGGCUAGAAGUGGAACUUUAACCAUGAAUAAUAAUGGUUCGUACCCUGGUGGGAUGCCUCCCUACCAGCAGCCAUAUGUGCCGUACCAACAGUCGCAUCAGCAGCAAGGCUACCAGCACCCGCAACCGCAUCCGGGGCCUCCUAGUCCUAGAUCUCCUCAGCCAGGCAGAAUUAUAAACGCCGAUGGGCGACCGCAGCAGCAGGCCUUGCCUACCCGAGUGCAUGGUCCAUACAUGUCGGGCGGACUCUCCACCGAACCAUCUCCGGGCCACCAAUACCACCCUAGGGGGAACUACCUUGCUCCUCCUCAACCUCAAAUCUAUCGUCAGAAUGUUUCUUCUAGUCUGGCUUCUCAGGCUGGUCAUUCUAGCCGUAACUCUGGUUCGUCUUAUCUAAAUCCUAAUGUCAAUACCAAUCCUAAGCCUAAGCCUCAUGCCGUUUCCCCUGUUGCUGCCCCCCUUAAUGCUCCUAAACCUCCCGCGCCCCAGCGUGACCCCUAUUCACCUAACUAUGGUUCGCAAGUUGGUCCUAAACCAAAGUCUCCAGCGAAAUCUCAUCGGUCUCACGAUCGCCCUCGAUCUCCCUCUCGUUCUCCCAGUCACCGUUCUAUCUCGUCAUCGCAACUGAAAUCGAUACUAAAACAGCCCUCACCCCAACCCUCGCCUCAGCGUCAACCUCAACCUCAACCUCAACCCCAAGCUGAAAGCAAACCAGAGCGAAAACACAAAUCCAAAUCGAAACACCACCAUAGCAGCCGCCACCACAGCACCCACAGCAGCCACCGCCAGCCCAUGCCCGUCGACAACCCGCACAACCCCCUAGGCCCCUCCCUCGUAACAGAGCAAGACAUCCUAACCCGAGGCCACGCCGAGCUCGCCCCCCUCACCCCCGCCAUCCGCUCAGUCGUAGCCUACGAAUUCGCUCUGCCGGCAACCGCCCCAAUCGAAAUAUCCUUCUCCCUAUCCCCCAUCGACCUGGACCCUCCCCCUCCCCGUGGCUACCCAGUAUCAUGGAAUCUAGGCUCCGCAGGGCCUCUACACACACUAACCCACACGCGGAUCCUCGCGCCGGUCCUCACAAUCAGUCUACCGGCGCAGUACCCGCACCCCACAACCCCCUUAACAACCUUCGCCGCGCCCGCGCCCGACCACGGCGUCAUAGCAGCGUGCGAGCGCGCCGUCGCCUCGCUGCGCUACGGCUCCGCGGCGCCGUACCCGACAUCGCACCUCUCUUUGCGCAACGCUUACCACGCGCAAUCCACUUUGUCUUCUCCUCCGCCCCCACCUCCGCCGGGAACCCUGCCCUUCCGCGUCGGCGGCGAGCUGUUCGGCAGCGCGUGCGUCUUCCGCUGCGGCGCCGCGGACCGGAACACGGUUUUGGGCGCGCUGGAUUGGGUGUACUUGCCGUGCGCCGGACGGCCCGGGUUCUACGAGAGGGUUGAGAAGGAUGGGCGCGAGGGGAAGAGGGCGGUUAGGCGGUGGGCUAGGGGGUGGGGGGUUGAGGGGGAGUUGGGGGAGUAUUUUGGGAGGGAUGGGUAGGGAUGGGUAGGGAGGUAGGGGAGUUGAACUGCUGGGGAUUACCUAUAGAUUGGCUUGUAUGAUAGGUAAAGGGGGGGGGGCGUGUAUGAUAUUGAUAUUGAGAGCUCGGGUCGGAUCGCCGCUGCCGAUUAGGUACGCGGGCAAGCAGGCCGGGAUCUGAAGGGCGCCCUUGCGAGAGUUAUGCAUAUUUGGCUAAGGACGGAGUUUAUGGGAUUAUCUUCGUUAUGGCCUUUCUUAGCAUAUCUGGCGGCAUCCAGUCCUUUAACUUGAGAAUAUUGUAGUAUUUGAUUUUGAUACCCUUUUGAACGAUUAUCUGUUUCGAAUUGAAACUCCAUGGUCAUUCCCCGAGACAUAAAUACCGGGUUGGACUUAUACAUUUUCAUUCUUAAGUCCAUAGAUUCAAACGGGAAGUCCGUAUAACGUUUUGGCUGUUAGGUAGGU